CUGACGCUAUGGCUGUUCUCCAUAUUAAAACUCUUAAAUGUGAGAAGACUUCUCUUUCCUCAAAGAGACAUUUAUUUGGUUGAGUAUUCCUUAAGUACCUCGCCUUUUGUGAGAAAUAGAUACACGCACAUGCAGUAUGAAGACAGGUGUGACAUUAACUGUUCAGCUGUCUAUGAGCAGGACCCUUUGGAAAUUGGCAAGAGUCUGGAAAUAAGACAAAGAGACAUCAUUGACUUGGACGAUGAAGAUGUUGUGGCAAUAACCAGCGAUUGUGAGGUGUACCAGGCCAUCAGAAGGUACCACCAGAAGCUUGCUUCAAGGGAAGAGAAAGAAUUCCCAAUUGCCUACUCCUUGGUGGUUCACAAAGAUGCCAUUAUGGUCGAAAGGCUUAUCCGGGCUAUCUACAGCCAUCACAAUAUCUACUGCAUCCAUUAUGACCACAAAUCACCCGAUACCUUCAAAGUUGCCAUGAACAAUUUAGCGAAGUGCUUCUCCAAUGUUUUCAUUGCUUCCAAGUUAGAGUCUGUAGAAUAUGCCCACAUUUCCCGACUCCAAGCUGAUCUAAAUUGUUUGUCAGACCUUCUCAGGUCUUCAGUGCAAUGGAAAUACGUUAUCAAUCUGUGUGGUCAAGAUUUCCCUUUGAAAUCAAACUUUGAGCUAGUAUCCGAGUUGAAGAGGCUCAAUGGAGGAAACAUGCUAGAGACGGUGAAGCCCCCUAACAGUAAAAAGGAAAGAUUCACUUAUCACCAUGAACUCAGGCAGGUGCCCUAUGAAUAUGUGAAGCUACCGAUAAGGACCAAUCUCUCCAAGGAAGAACCGCCUCAUAACAUUGAGAUCUUUGUUGGCAGUGCUUAUUUUGUCCUAAGUCAAGCAUUUGUUCAAUACAUUUUAAACAAUUCCCUUGUGAAAGACUUUUUUGCCUGGUCUAAAGAUACGUACUCACCCGAUGAGCAUUUUUGGGCAACCUUAAUUCGGGUACCAGGAAUACCGGGAGAGAUUUCUAGGACCUCCCAGGAUGUAUCCGACCUCCAGAGUAAGACCCGCCUUGUCAAGUGGAAUUACCAUGAAGGCCUUCUCUACCCCAGUUGUACUGGCUCUCACCUCCGAAGUGUGUGCAUCUACGGAGCAGCAGAAUUACGGUGGCUCAUAAAAGAUGGCCAUUGGUUUGCUAAUAAAUUUGACUCUAAGGUCGACCCUGUGUUAAUUAAAUGCUUAGCAGAAAAGCUUGAGGAGCAACAGAAAGAAUGGAUCACUUUGUCUUCAGAAAAGAUAUUUAUGGGUACAAAACCCACAGUCCCAUCAUGAUAGCAGUAUCAUGAAGAAAGCAUGUUGGGUGUCUGAUAAAUGGUGUUAAUGUGGACUUGUUUACAGGCCCAUGCUCAGUCCCAUUUGAACGGAAGUCCGUUCAGAGUUUGAAAGGUGCCGAGAAUUCUAUGCCCGAGGGAAGAUGGCCUGGCCUGGAGUUGUUGGGAAUUUGUUGUUAGUUUUUGCUUAUAAUCUCACAGAGCUAAAUGACAGAUAUGACGCAUUCGAUUAGGCAGAUGUUUAUUGUGCACCUAUUGUAUGUCGGGGGCUUUCGUAGAAAACUUAAUUAGAAUUAAAUCUAAGUUAUAACGAGUGACCUUGCGAUACAGUGAUUCACUGUAAUCAUACAACAUCCUUAAUAGCUUUUAGUUUCUUCACAUAGCAACCAAAACUCUUGUUAGCUUUUGGAGUAUUUGGUAAUGAUGUAAUCAUCCAAACCCCCAUUUCAGAAUAGUGCUUAAGUGCCGGCACCAACACAUUUCUCAAAUUUCAUUUCCUAGGAUUUUUUCUUAACCAUUAAAGUACUAGGAGGAGAGGGUUAACUACCUCAGAAAGGCUCAAAGAAUUGCCCGUUUGCCAAAGCAUCAUUUACUUUUUAGUGCAUCACUUGUUCACUUUUCAGGCUCAGGGAGACUCCGUCGAGGAGUCUGUAUAAUGUACG